GUUCUAAAUCUCCGCUUUCUUCCAGGCCUGGAGUGUGAUUUGGCCAUGAACCUGGUGGGGCAGCCCCUGGUGAAGCAGCAGGUGAUGAAAGCCGUGAGGGAGUUCCUGGAGCAGCAGAACCCCACGAAGCCCCUCGUGCUGUCCUUCCACGGCACCACGGGGACCGGCAAAACCUACGUGAGCUCCAUGCUCAUCCGCCACCUCUUCCGCGACGGGCUGCGGAGCCCCUUCGUGCACCAGUUCUCUCCCCUAGCACACUUCCCUCACCACGAGCAGCUGGAGCAGUACAAGGAGAACCUGAAGCACUGGAUCCAAGGGAACUUGACAACCUGUGGGCGAUCUGCUUUUCUCUUUGACGAGAUGGACAAGAUGCACCCAGGGCUGAUCGAUGUGAUCAUGCCCUUCCUGGGACCCUCGUGGGUUGUUUACGGGACCAACUACCGCAAAGCGAUUUUCAUUUUCAUAAGCAAUGCAGGAGGAGAACAGAUUAAGAAAAUGACCCUGGAUCUCUGGCAUGCACACAAGGAUCGUGAGGAGAUCAGCCUUCAGGACAUGGAGUCGGCCAUCUCCAAAGCUGUUUUUGAAAACCCUCAGAGUGGAUUCUGGAAAUCUGGGAUCAUUAAUGAACAUCUCAUUGAUUUUGUUGUGCCCUUCCUCCCACUGAAGCGCCACCACGUAAAGCAAUGUGUCACCAAUGAACUCCUCCAGCAAGGCCUGGAGGUACGGCAGGAUGUCAUCCAGGGAGUGGCCGACAGCAUUCCCUACUUGAAUAUAUCAAAAAAGCACCUUGUUCUUUUGCAGCAAUGCAGGAGGAGAACAGAUUAA